CGGUUAUAAGUAUAACUACCCGACGCGUGAACCAAGCGUCCGCUAUUCAGUAGGAGACAGUCGACCAGUGAGCAACCGAACGCGCGCGAAGCUGAAACAAAAACUCCUCCAUAUAGAAGUUAUUUCACAACGUCGCUUAAUCGUUUGAACUUGGUGAAAAAGGAAAGUUUACCCAGCAAGUUUUCUGUCUGCAAAAAAAAAUCUAAAGUGCACACUUUAAAAAUCGCGACACCUCAUCUAAGGUGCUAUCGUCUCUAUAGUUAAACAACCUGGCUAAGUUCCAUCACGGAUCUUACUACGGAAAAACCAAAAUGGUAAUUGCUAAAGCAACGGAAUGCAACAAAAUGACCAGCAAGGCUGGAUUCAAAACGGUCGGAAUCGGACAGAAUGUCCGAUCGACGCUGGUGAAGGCUCGCUCAGAUAAACGAGUCGUAGUGGGAAUCGCCAAUGCCAUCCGCAGUCUCGCGGAAAACCCCAACAAUUUUCUGUUCUGCUUCAUGGCCCCACCGAAGCAUCAUGACAGUGCGGCUCACAUGCAGGAAGUUCUAUUGGAAGCUUUCUGCUUCGAGAACGAUAUUUACAUUAUUAAGGUAGACAAUGCGGAAAGACUCAGUCGGUUAUUAGACUCCUCGGAACUGGCCAGUUGCGCUUUGGUUAGCAAACCCCAGGCCCUUAGCAAACAAACAGGGGAGGAAUUCUCCCGCAGCGAAAACCUGCUGAUUGACCACUGCGAGCUGUACUGGGAUGAACCAAUAAAACCUGUUAUCAAAUUACCGGAGAAGUGAACGCAACGUGACAGAUGAACUCUGCUCUAUUGAAACGAUGAUAAGCAUUUUUCGCAAAUGUGAAACUGUGAAAGGGAAGCACUUCGAAUGCUCGUGAUAACAGGGGAAAAAAGUGUGUUACCUAAGUAGAGUGUAAAUGAUUGUCGAGUGUCGGCAAUGCGAUGGCAUCUGGUAUCCAGUGUAUAUUAUUAUGACGAUGAUUCGAUGGGAUGCCGUAAUCUAGUGUUAUGUUAGAUAGGCACAUGGACGUGCGAUAUUCAUAGCCGCAAUUAGUGAUUGAUAAGGCUUAAUCAGACGGCAGUAUCUUGAGAACGUAGUCAGUGAUUUACUACUAUCACCUAUGUAUUUUACUACCACAGUAAUGAAUUUAGUUAGUCUUCUUAUUCAAUUCUAAUCAAAUAUUAUGGUGCGAUUUACCGUACUGAAGUUAUAAUAAAUGAAGAACAAUGAAAACUGAUGAAA